AUGGCUGACAGUGCCAAGGACGCACAAAAUGGCGACUCAGGCAAGGCCUUGGAACAGGAGCAAGAGCAGGACCAAGCCCCGGGGCAGGAAGGUGCAACUAAUACUCCAGAAAACGAACAGGAAGUAGUUGAACCCGAGGAGGACCCCUACAAAAUUGUGGCUGCCAUAGACUUUGGAACGACUUUUAGUGGCUAUGCUUAUACAUUUGUGUCCAAUCGUGACGUCAUAUAUACCAACAAGAAUUGGGGACAAACACAAGGUUUUCUGCUUCAUAAGACUCCUACCUCUCUACUUCUAAGACCUGACGGUCAGUUCGAGGCGUUCGGGUUUGAGGCUGUGUCGAAAUACAAUGACUUAUCAGAGGAAGAAGCUGCCGAAUAUUAUUACUUCGACAGGUUCAAGAUGAACCUUUACGACAACAAGGAGCUGAAGACGGACAUUACCUUACAGGACACUUCCGGAAAGGAGCAGCUCGCCGUUGAUGUUUUUGCCAAAUCUCUGGGCUUCAUGAAAUCUCACUUCCUACGUCAUUUGAGCGUGUCCCUGGGGUACGAACCCGACCCACAGUCCGUCCGCUGGGUUAUCACAGUACCUGCCAUCUGGGACGAAAACGCAAAGCAGUUUAUGAGGGAGGCAGCACACAAGGGCGGUCUCAUUGACACAACAUAUAGUAACCAACUAGUCAUCGCACUGGAGCCGGAAGCAGCAUCACUCAAUUGUAGAUCACUUCCGGUUAGCACCUUCGUCCAGACAGAAAAUGAACAAGUGUCAAAGCUGACGUUUGAACCAGGGACUAAAUACCUCGUCAUUGACGCAGGAGGUGGUACUAUAGAUAUUGUAGCCCACAAGGUCCGUAAAGACGGUCGUAUUCGGGAGCUCUUCCGCGCCACAGGUGGUGCCUGGGGUGGGACAGUCAUAGACCGUCAGUUUAUUUCAAUGCUCGACAAGAUUUUUGGCGUUGAAUUUAUUGCCGCCUUCCAGCACGAGUUUCCAAAGGAUUAUGUCGAGCUAUUACAGGACUUCGAGAUAAAGAAACGUGGCGAAUGUGAAAGUGUGCGCGUGUCGCUGCCCUACAACUUUUGUAACUUCCGGCAUGAAGGAAGGUCUGUACAGGAGUGUAUCAAGUCGUAUGCCGCGUCGGAGGGCGGACGGGUCAAAUUCUCAUCGGGAAAACUUGUAUUGUCCUCAGAGGUGGUCACAGACUUGUUCUGUGACGCACUCAAACAGAUAAACGAUCACGUGAGUCAUCUUCUUCAAAGGCCAAAGUUAAAGGACUUAAAAUACAUGUUCCUCGUUGGUGGGUUCGCCGAGUCAGUUCGCCUUCAGAACUCUAUUCGAUCAGAAUUUGGGAAACAGGUGACAGUCCUGAUACCGGAGGAAGCUAGCUUGUCUGUCGUCAAGGGGGCCGUGGCAUUUGGUUGCGAUCCUAGUGCCAUCUGCCAACGAAUUUGUCGGUACUCAUAUGGAGUGGGAUCGUACCUUCCUUUCGAGGAGGGUGAACACAGAGACGAUCUGAAAGUCGACUCGGACGGAAUGGUGCUAUGCAAACACAUAUUUCAGACUUGGGCCGAAACUGGAGAGGUCAUAGGUCAUAACGAAAUUUGGCGGGAAACAUAUACGCCAAUCAUUACAAAUCAAAAAGGCAUUAUUUUCGAGUUUUUUAAGUCGUCCAAACGCCGACUUAAAUACACAGAUGAAGACGGAGUGGAGAAAUGUGGCUGUCUAGUAGUGGAAAUGCCCGAUCUGACAGGGGACAAGGAGCGUGCUGUUGACCUCGAGGUCAUAUUCGGGGGCACAGAAAUCAAGGUCGUCGGGUACGACCACACCAGCCAAACUCGGCGGGAAACAUACAUUGAUUUCCUGUCCACGUAG